AUGUCGUCAAUUACUGGGCUAGGGAUCAGAGAUCGAGCUAAAGCAAAGUUGAAGAAAGAUGACGCGCCCAAGUCAUCAGGAUCCAAAGAUUCCUCUUGGCUUGGGGACAAGCUCGGGGACAAGAAUCCAGUAGCUGGAUGGAUGGGCAAAGGAAAAGGAUCGAGCUCAGACGAACGCUCUGCACCCCCUCUACAUACUCUGAGAGAUCCAUCUACAUUUGCACCUCCUCCGAAGCACGUCAAUCGUUAUGGAGGUACGCGGGAAGAAGGGUCGGGGGCACCAUCAACACGACAGGAGAUCGAAUAUACAAGGAGGGAAGAGGAGGAAGCACAAAGAGAAGAAGAGAGGAAUACGAAGCCCCCGCCAGUUCCAUAUCGAAUGGAUACGACAGGUUUAUCUACCUCACAUCUGCCGCCUCCGCCAGGUCGCAGAGAUGUAUCUGGUAGUCGGGAACCUCCAGCUAUCCCGGGAAAUAUGCCUAAACCACCAGGACUACCUCUACGAUUACCACCAAGACAGAAUUCUGCUCCUGCGCCCUCUUCAGGAACCCGCGAAGCUCCGCGAGAGCCCGAUUCACACCGAGGAAUCCUCAAUCAAAGUUCGUUGAAUAACUUGUCUUCUGCUGGUAUAUCAGUUCCGGGAUUUGGUAUUGGAGGAGGCAGACAGGUAUUACCUCCACCGGCUCCUCCGGCACGUACUCAAAGCCCUGCGACUUCUCCUACAAACACUCCGGUCAAUAACUCUACCAUAAAUGAGCUUCAGUCUCGAUUUUCGCGGCUCUCGAGCCAACCAAAAGCAGAGGCUCCAAGUGAAGGAACAACCUUCGCUGAGAAGCAAGCUGCCUUAAGAACAGCAGCUUCAUUUCGAAAGGACCCUUCGUCCGUGUCAUUAAGUGAUGCCAAAACAGCUGCUGGAACAGCAAAUAACUUUAGGGAAAGACAUGGUGAACAAGUCAAAUCUGGAUGGCAGUCGGCCAGUAAAUUGAACACCAAAUACGGUGUUGCUGAUAAAGUUGGAGCACUCGGAGCGGGGGCUGGAGGAAUAAGAACUACAGAACCACCACCGCCAAUGGCACCGGAAACGCAGAAUGAAGGCGUUGGACCUCCAGCUGGUAUAGCUAAGAAAAAACCUCCACCUCCACCUCCUAAGAAGAAGGUUGGAUUAGCUGGUUCGCCUGUAGCUGCUUCUCCGCAGGAAGGUGCUCCACCUCCUAUUCCUCUGUCUAGCAAGCCGCGGCCCCCUGUAAGUGGACAUUAUUGA